UUCUUUUUCUACGAGAUACGUGUGCAAUAAUUAUUCGAGUUAAUUUACGGGAAUAAAUUUUCGAGAAAAAUUUGACGUUCAUUAUUCUCAAGAAAGAUGAGCGAUGAUAAUGGUCGACGUAAACUAUGUAGUUCGAAAAGAGUGCCUGUAUUCUCUGCUCUGUUUUUACUAAUUUCAACCACUGCUGUUUUUUUUGCCUUCCCAUGUCGCUACCUGGCCGAGAACGUUUCUUAUGGGAUAGUGGUCUACGAAGCUUUUUUGACUCUUUUUAUCCUCGCAAACUUCUUCCAAGCUACAUUUCAAGAUCCUGGGAAAAUACCUAGAGUUACGGUGGAUGAAAUUGGGGAAGAUGACUUCAAAUCGCCUCUAUUCAAAAAUAUUGAAAUCAAUGGGAUAAACAUUAAGAUGAAAUGGUGUGAUACAUGUAAAUUUUAUCGUCCACCAAGAUGCUCGCAUUGUAGCAUGUGUGAUCGUUGUAUUGAGGUAUUUGAUCACCAUUGCCCAUGGGUUGACAACUGCAUUGGCAAACGAAACUACAGAUAUUUUUUUCUGUUCUUGUCAUCUCUCAGUGUACAGUUGAUAUCAGUUAUCUCAUUUUGUUUGUAUAUUAUAUUAAAAUUGGAAAGGAAUUUUGAGGACAAAUACGUCAUUACAUCCGUCAUAAUUAUAAUAAUUUGCGGCCUAGUUGCUCUUCCUGUUUUUGGUUUAACGUUUUUUCACGUUGGUCUUAUAUCGUGUGGAAGGACUACAAACGAACAGGUUACGGGUAAAGUACGUAGCGGCUUUAAUCCUUUCAACAAAGGUUGUGCAUCAAAUUGGCAACAUGUGUUCUGUUCACCUAUACAGCCACAGCAUAUGCAAUGUGAAAGACUUGCAACGUUGGAAAAUGGUGCCAUUGUUAAUGGACAAUUAUCGACAGUUGAUGUCAGAUUUGAAAUGGAAAGGAUGCCGAAUCACGAAAUGGCUUUCACGAACACACAAAAUGCUAAUGGCGUGAAGAUCGAAAGAAGUCCGCCUGUCGAGAAAUCAAAGUUACAAGCAAUGGAAGUUGAAGUCCAAGCGAACACCUUACGCCCGCCACGAGCACCAAGUCCGCGUUCGCAUUCUAUGAUAUUCUAUACGCCUGAUAAUCAAACGGGACAAACGACAGUGGACAAGGAGGCUGAAGUGUAAAACUUCGGCAUUGCAAGUAUCCAUUGACUUUCAUAAAGUCCUAACUCAUGUUUCUGUCUGAGAAAAACUAUUUUCAUUGUAAAUAAGGUGUGGCAACCUUCGCUUGCAUGCUUUGCGCAUGUCGCUGGUUGGCAUUGCUGAACUGAGAUUUUUUGCAAAUUUUGUUAAAAGCCAGCAGUGAAUAUCACGUUGAACAUAGAAAAAAGCUUACAUAAAUAUUUUGACUGAUCAAUUUCAAUACUCAGGUGUGUUCUUUCAAAGUUUUUCUUUAUACAUUUCAUGGGCAAAGUUUGUUUCUCAACUCCAUUUAACGAUUGAGUAUGUUAUACUGGUUCUGGACUAACGUAGAGAAAGGCAGAAAGUCAUGUAGGCAUGUCCUGCUCAAUGAAAAUGAACUCGUUAAAAGGCUCACGAAACAUAAAAGUUGCAAUUAAAAUUAUUAUUUUAUUAAACAGCAGAGUUUCUUCAACAUUUAAUAUACACAUCUCUUUCAAUCUCGAGAUGUUGAGGUUUUAUCACACAAUCAGUCUCGUUGUACUGCAUGAUGGAACUUGGAUUUUCAGAAUUUCAGUGGUCGGUAUUUGCUGAUAUGUCACUUUAUAUCGAUUUGUGUUUUGUUUAUUGAGAAAUUUAGUGGUAUAAAGUUAUGCUCCAGCAUUUCAUCCAAAACGUGCGUGGAAAGUGAAGGAUUUGGCAACUGCUUGUGUUAAUCGGGCAUUAAAAAUCCUCUAUCUUUAGAAUGAAGAGGUGUAAUUGCUUUAAAAAGUGUACGGUUAUUUUGAAUCGAUGAAAAUAUAAUUUAAUUGUGAAA